UAAAUAAAGAAGUCAGUCAAAAUGAAAAGCUGUUGUAGUUUGAUCGUCUUACUUCUUUUUUGGUGUGAAAUUAAGGGCGAUAAUGCCGGAGAUUUCUUACACGUUGGAAGUAACAGUGCGUAUAGCUCAACCACUGGACUUUUAAAACUUUUAGAAUUGGAGGAACACUUCAUUGCUAAUAUUAAGGCAUACACCAAUAAAUUGGCCGAAAAGGUGGAAAAUCUCCAAGCUUACAUCGACUCGGUCGACUACGAAGUCAAUCAGAGUUUUGAAGAUCGUGAGAAAUAUGUCGGUAAUCCCAUUAAUGCAUUUAGUCUGGUGAGACGGACUCAUCAAGAUCUACCAAAAUGGCACAAUUAUUCACAGCAGAUCGUGGGAAUGGAGGAACUGUUUGCCUUAGAGGAAAUUAUAGCCAAGGUGCCGGAUACAAAGGAUAUGGAACAUUCGCUGGAAGAAAUGCAUAGACUUGAAAAGGUUUACGAUUUGGAGGCCACAGAGUUAGCUAGAGGUCGUAUUCAGGACAAACAAUAUGACUUUCGUCCUUCGAUUGGGGAUUGCGUGGCUUUGGGCGAGCACAAAUUCAAAAGGGAGGACUACCAAAGGGCUUCUAUGUGGUUUCGCAUGGCCAUCAAACACAAACCCGAAGAAAAUGCCGACAUAAUCAACAAUAUUUUUGGAUAUCCCAAGGAUGAUUUGAAUACGCUGUACGCUAAAUCAAUGCUCAUAUUUGGCAUGCUCAAGUCUAAUCCUGCGAUGACAGUCGCAGAAGCUAAAGAAAUAUCCUACGAAGCCCUGAAUAAAGCCAGCCUAGCCGAUGUAAAGUCUCUUUUGAACGAGUUGCUGAGUCAAACUGAUGAGGAAAUAGUUUACGAAAUGAAUGUCAACAAGACAGGACCCUCAGAUUACGAUAUUGGUUGUCGUGGCCAGUUUCUCAUGCAAAGGAAUCUAGUGUGCACCUAUAAUCUCACCACAUCAGAAUUCUUGAGACUAUCACCCUUGAAACAGGAAGUUUUAAACUGGGAUCCUUACAUUGUCCUAUACCACGAAGUUCUUGAUGACGACGAAGUCGAAAAGCUCAAACAUCAUUCAAAAGAUAUUACCGCGAAGGAAAUAAAUCGCAUUAAAAAACGAAUCUUUCAACGUAUGAGCCAUGAAGGGAGAAACCCGAAGGGAACAUUACUAUUUUUCCUGGAAAAUGUGAAGCAAGGCGGAGCGACAGUUUUUCCAAAGUUGAAAAUAGCUGUUUUUCCUCAAAAGGGAAGCUGUUUGUUUUGGCACAAUACACUUGAUCCUGGGAAAGAGCCAUUGGAAUGCCCAGUUCUUCAAGGAAAUAAAUGGGUUCUCACCAAAAAUACAUAUAAAGGACGAGCACUGCAGUACAAAAAAAAUGAAAGCAUAGAAUAACCAAAGGUUAAAAAUAAUUAUACACCACAUUUUAUAAAUCACUUAAUAAUCGUAAAAUAAAUAACUUUGCAAUACA